AUGGCCAGGACAGUUGCAAGAACUAUGGCAGCUCCGUUGAUGUUCAUCAACUUGGUCAUGUAUUUGAUAGUGUUAGGUUUUGCGAGCUGGUGUCUGAAUAGGUACAUCAAUGGCCAAACUGCUCAUCCAAGCAUGGGAGGAAAUGGGGCAACUGGUCACUUCUUGACAUUCUCUAUACUGGCUGCCGUGCUUGGAAUAGUGUCAAAAAUAGCAGGCGGCAAUCACCUCCGCGCAUGGAGGAACGACAGCCUUGCCGCUGCCGGCUCAUCUUCCAUAGUUGCGUGGGCGGUCACUGCACUCGCUUUUGGUUUGGCGUGCAAGGAAAUAAACAUAGGAGGAUGGAGAGGUUGGCGGCUGAGGGUGCUCGAGGCUUUUGUUAUAAUACUCGGAUUCACCCAAUUGCUCUACGUGUUGUUGCUCCAUGCCGGGUUUCUCAGCAGCAGAUAUGGGCCCGGGUAUAGGGAUGCGGAUUACCCGAUGGGCCAACUUGGUGCCGACCCGCGCCCAAAAGCUGGAGUUACCGGCACUGGGGUCUGA